ACAACGUCAUUUUAGUUGGCAACACUGCAAACAACCAUCUAGUAUGUCUUCCUCCAUGGGCAGCGGGAUGUUCCCCGGCCAGCAGUCCGCUGGUCCUCACCCUGUCGGCGGCCCGGGUCAGCCGGGACUACUAUCUGGAGCUCCGGGGAACAGGGUCCAGGGCCCCAACACUCUGGUAGACGACCUAGAGGCUUCUUUCGAGGCUUGCUUUGCGUCCCUAGUGAGUCAAGACUACGUGAACGGAACCGACCAGGAGGAAAUUCGGACAGGUGUGGAUCAGUGUAUUCAGAAGUUUCUGGAUGUCGCCAGACAGACAGAAUGUUUCUUCCUGCAGAAGCGUCUUCAGUUAUCAGUCCAGAAACCCGACCAGGUGGUCAAAGAGGAUGUGUCUGAGCUGCGGAAUGAACUCCAGAGGAAAGAGCUGCUUGUUCAGAAACACCUGUCUAAGCUGCACCACUGGCAGCAGGUUCUGGAGGAUGUCAGUGUCCAGCAUCGUAAACCGUCAGAUCUCCCUCCACCUGGACCCCUGGCCUUCCUGGAACAGGCCUCAGCUAGUCUACCUGCUGCACCACUCAAACAGACCUGACACACACACCUGUCUCUCUCUUCACCUGGACCCCUGGCCUCAGCUAGUCUACCUGCUGCACCACUCAAACAAACCUGACACACACACCUGUCUCUCCCUCCACCUGGACCCCUGGCCUCAGCUAGUCUACCUGCUGCACCACUCAAACAGACCUGACACACACACCUGUCUCUCCCUCCACCUGGACCCCUGGCCUCAGCUAGUCUACCUGCUGCACCACUCAAACAGACCUAACACACACACCUGUCUCUCCCUCCACCUGGACCCCUGGCCUUCCUGGAACAGGCCUCAGCUAGUCUACCUGCUGCACCACUCAAACAGACCUAACACACACACCUGUCUCUCUCCUGGAAAGUACAUCAUCUUUGUUUUCUUUUUGACUUGUGUAAAUAUUUCUGUUGUUUUGUCCUGACAGAAUAAAUGAGUUUGGAUCAGAA